AUGUUCACUGCUUGGUCUCCAUCUCAGAUUUAUCGUCUCAAAAUUGAACGUGAGCUGUUAGAUAAAUAUUUUCCUGAGAGAGUGACAUGGAUAUCGCCUAGACAUUCAACAAAAGUCGAGGUCAAAUUCGAAACAAACAACAACAAAAGCUAUGCAUUACUUAUCAACCUACCCGAAGAUUUUCCUAACUCCUGUCCAAAAUUGACAAUUGUGUCACCGAAGAAUUUGCUACAGAAAAACGGGCAGCCUUUACCAGAAAACAACUCAGAGUUUCACACGUUGGGUGUUAAAGAUGGAUGCAUUUCUAUAUGCCAUUUCUACCCUCUGCACUGGAAUGCCCAAGACACAUUGUACGAGGUUUUUAUGAAGGGGAGACUGUGGCUCGAGGCUUAUGAAGGACACCUGAACUCUGGUCAGCCUAUAAGUGAUUAUUUACCUGAGCAAGUUGACGCCUUGGUACCGUUAAUCGAUUUACUCACACUGUCUGUGCUCGCAAAUAGAUCAUAA